UACUAAGCAUAGCGCAGCGCUCUUGUCUGCCGCAGAUGGGAUCAUGUUCCACCUGCAGCCCAACACACAAAAAUGUUUGCGAGAAGAAAUUCACAAGGACGUUCUCGUCACAGGCGAAUAUAACGUUUUGCAAGAGACCCCAGGCCAGAAGGUCGACAUCCAGGUCACAGAUUCCAAAGGCCACCACCUUUACAUGAAAGAAGAAAUUGACUCUGGGAAAUUCAUUUUCAACACAGAAGAUUAUGAUGUCUAUGAAGUUUGUUUCAUAUCUCGUGUUCCCCCAACUCAGCGAGGUAUACAACAGGAAAUUACUCUCAACACAAAGCAUGGCGUUGAAGCUAAAAGUUAUGAAGCGUUGGGAGAAGCAGCCAAAUUGAAACCACUUGAAGUAGAGCUGCAGCGUCUUGAGGACCUUAGUGAAAGCAUUGUACAAGAUUUCUCAUACAUGAGGCAGCGUGAGGAGGAAAUGAGAGACACCAAUGAGUCAACAAACUCCAGAGUAUUGUACCUGUCCCUCUUCUCUCUCUGUUGCCUCAUUGGUUUAGCCACUUGGCAGGUUCUUUAUUUGCGCAAGUUCUUCAAAGCCAAGAAACUUAUAGAAUAAGUAGUGAAUGUCCUCUAGGGGACAGUAAUGAUUAAACCCCAGGGGUCUAGUUAUGGUUUAUUAACCCAAAUGCCUGUGUAAAGAGAAAAAAAAUCAGUUUUAGGGAAACUUCACUUCAGUUAAAAAAAUGAAUUUCUUCAACUUGAUGGUAUUGGGUCUAGUGUGAUGUUGAAGGUAAUUAUUAAAUGUCCAAGAUGUAUAUAUAUUUUUGGUAAAGAAUAGUUGCUUUCUGAAAGUUUAUGUUGUAGUAGAAGAUUAUUUAUGUUAGGAAUGAACAAUUUAAAGUAAGACAGAUUUUCUUGCAAUGGGGAUGUUUGUAUCUUAACUAGGUUUUUGUACCCUGAGAAAUAUUACAGAUUAAUUCUUUGAAAUUAAUUUUGUUUCAGUAAAAAGGCAGUGAGUUUCUCCUUAUUAAAAAAAAAUUUGAAAAAACUCAUUGCUUAGUGGUUAAUAAUGGAUGUCUUGAAUGUUUUAAAAUUAUUAGAUCUUUAUUUUGAUUAACCAUCAUCAGUAUCCUGGCAUCUUGGUAGUU